AUGAAUGGAGUACCGGUAAAACUACUGAAUGAGGCACAGGGACAUGUCGUUACCCUUGAGCUAACGACGGGAGCUACUUACCGUGGUAAACUAGUCGAAAGUGAAGAUAGCAUGAAUGUCCAACUGAGAGACGUAACAGCUACAGAGCCCCAUGGGGCUGUAACGCACAUGGACCAAAUAUUCGUACGUGGAUCCCAGAUCAAAUUUAUCGUUGUUCCAGAUCUUUUGAAAAAUGCGCCAUUAUUCAAAAGGAACUCAUCAAGACCUAUGCCUCCAAUCAGAGGACCUAAAAGAAGGUGA